AUGACGUGCCCUCGAACUCUUGUUUUAUUUCUUUUGAUUGGGUCAGCACAAGCAGUAGUGAAAAAAUACGACGAAAACUUUAUUCUGAAGUUCAUAAAUCGAUCUCAAGCUAUCGAUAUCUCUGAGGAAUGCAGAAGAAGUCUUGGAAGGGUGCAUGAUUUUCUUCUCGAUCACGACACAUUAGAGACACAAGCCAUUCAGUACUUCCUCUCUUUCGGAAAAGGUCCUUCAAAUCUUUUUCUUUCAAGAGAUCAAGAUCGAUGGAUUCAUCGAGGUUACGAGUGUCUAAUGUCAUCUGGAGAAACUGUUUAUUCUAAGAGUGAAUAUCCUUUCCACUUUUGUUACGCACGUGAAGAUGUGGACAGCGAUGUAGAUGCAUAUGCUGUGUGCGUACCAUCACCCUGUGGUGACGACCAUGUUCAGUUGCUGAAAGAAUGGCGGAUGAUGACAAAACCUGAGGAAGCACCACUGCCCAUGGAUUUCACGGAGUGUAUACGUUCACGGCACGAAAAGCAAUGGUUCGAGAAAUUCGUGCCAGUUGCCGAUCUUGCUUUCAAUUUGUUUCUAAUUACGCUCGUCAUCAUGGCCACCAUAUUCCACAAUAUGCAAGGCGAAAACAUUAGGUCAUUGUCAGCUGGAAUUCUGCUGGCGUUUUCGGCUAAGAAGAAUCUAAGGCGUCUCGUUCAAUUACCGAAAGAUCCACAGUCAUGCAUAACGUGUAUGUUCGGGAUGCGCUUCCUCUCGAUGGUCUGGACACUUGUCGGACACUCAUUCAUCUUUGUCCAGCCAUACAUGGACAACGUUGAAGAGUUCAAGGACGCAUUGGUAGACAAUUUUUGGAAUCAAUGGAUUACGAACUUCACUCUUGGUGUGGACACCUUCCUAGUUCUAGGCGGAACCGUAUUAUCCUAUUCGUGGUUUCGAAAAUGGCUAAAAAACACCUUAGAGGAAGAACCCACUUGGACGUCAUACGGCUAUUGGUUGCGUUUCUACAGGCAUCGGAUAGUUCGCCUAUGGCCUGCAUACUUGUACACACUGAUGGCUGUCACAUUACGGUUAUCUGUGACCCAUUUCCACCCAAUGUGGCCACCAACCGAUCCGGCUGUUCAGUGCCCAAAGCAUUGGUACAAGAAUGUGUUCUUUAUCAACAGUCUCUUCGAUAACCGCUGUUUACCAUGGACAUGGUAUAUCGGCACAGAAUUCCUAUUCUUUCUUAUUUCGCCCAUUUUUCUGCUUACAUUACACCAAACACCAAAAAUUGGAUUGUCAUUGAGUUUCGUCACGAUUCUUGCUUCAAUGGGAUUGAACACCAUGAAGAUGAUUGAAGAGAAUUUCCCACCUACGCAAUUGCUUUGGAAGCAACCAGACAUCUUCAAUCCGAACUUUAUUCAGCAUCACCUUGAGUUGUACAUUAAACCACAAUACCGUAUCGGGCCUUAUAUCAUCGGAUUAGUUCUUGGCUAUUACAUGGCAAACUAUCAACGCCAAGCUGUUAAGACGGUUAGAAGCACGAAAUUCAUAAUGCUUGGAUGGCUUGCUGGUUUUCUGUGUGGUUUCUGGGCGCUCUACGGUGUUUAUCCAUCACUUCAAGGCUGGAAUUGGCCUAUUUAUCAUCUUGUCUACGGUACUAUUCACAGGUUAGAUGUGUUCGCUUUAAGUAUGGCAUGGAUAAUCUACGCAUGUCAUACUGGUAUUGGAGGUAUAAUCAACACAAUUCUGAGUGCCAACUUUUUUCUACCGCUUUCAAAUCUAUGCUUUUCGGUGUACCUAAUUCACAUGAUUCCCGUUGUGUUCACCUACUUAUUGAUACCAUUCCCAAUGUGGUUCGAAUCUAUGCUGCCUCUAUUCGUACACUGCUUCCUACAGUUGCUCAUCUCCUAUUUCCUGGCCAUAGUUUGUACACUGGUCGCUGAAUAUCCAGCCCUUAAUAUCGAAUCAAUUCUGUUAGCACCACGGCAGAAGAGGACCACGCUGAAAUCGAUUCCGAAUUGCGAUUCAGAAAUGCAACUGAAGAACACAACAACAAAUUUUUAA